CAUAUUAAUUAUUUCUUUCAUUUUAUCGUCAGGUUAGGUAUGGGUUUGACAGUUUGCGUUGUCGCGACGAGAGCUAAGUACGGUAGGGCCUUGUAAGGUGGAACUGUCUGAUUUCCUUGUCACGUAUUAACGUGGAAUUAAACAGUGGCAUCCGGACACUCAUAUCAGUUAGAUGACGGCGAGGUGCCGUAGGUUGACAGGUCAUGGGGGCCUGUCUCGGCCACUGCUUGGCGAAAAUCACAGACUCCGUCUCGUACAGAUUUUAUCAAAGACAUACCAGAAUGCCUUUUCAAGGAGAAGAACAAGCUGAGUUCAUGGAUGGUGAAGAACAUAAAGACCAAACUAAAAAAUCAAAAAGCCUGUUAUCAUUUCUCUCUUUAAAAAGAUUUAAGAAAAAGCAUAGGGUUCCAUUGACUUUAGAAUUAUUGGAAGAGGGAGGAUGGACACGAGGUGGUAAUAAGUAUACCAGAUUGAGUUCUAGAAAUGUUUCUACGAGCUCUGGACUAGAUGCAUCACUUCAAAUUCUCGAUGUAAGAACAUUAAUGAAACAACCAACUUAUGUUUCUUCUACUCCGGGAUCGUCACUCGAUCUUGAAUGGGAACACGAAGGAUUUUCUCUACCAAUCAUGAAUGAGAAUGAAAAUACAGAGAAUUCUAUAACACAAACAUCAGCUAACAAUAGUCAGCCAUCUAGCUUGACAGCGUCUCCUUGGUCCAGAGUUUCAAGCUCGAAUAGUUUAGAAUGGGAUCCAGUAGAACCAGAUAUGGUAUGUGUUGAUAUAGAGACUGAGCAGCUUCUAACUGAGAUAGAAAGAUUAACAGAUAGAGCUCUAAAAGAAACUGGUGAAUGGACUAACACUCAUACUAGCUGAUAAACAAUUUAAUUAUAUAAUUAACGAAAUUGUUUGUAUUUUUGUAUUAUAACAAUUCAUUAUAAAGUUAAAAUAGAUGUCCUAUACUUUCAAAAAAUACAUAGAUAUUAUUUCGAUAUUACUAUUCUUGAAACAAUAUAACUGCAUUUAUAUUGUUUUAAAAAUAUGUAUUUUUUGUACAACUUAGGACUUAUAUAUAUAUAUAUAUAUAUAUUGAGCACAAAAAUUUAACAAAGAGGAUACCUAUUGUUGUGCAUAGUGUACCUUAUAGUAAUCUGUAACAUGAAAAAAAAUUAUGUCAAACUCAAAAAAAUCAAACUAAUAGAAAAUCUUUUUAAAGUGUGUACGAUUCUUAUAUGCAUAUAAAAUAUAUAUUUUUGUUUCUAAUUUAAAAGUAAAAAUAUUUGCUUAAAUGGAAUUGCAGUUUAGCAUGAAUUUUAAAAACAUUAACGUUUUUAUUUUCGCUAUUAACUUACACACAGCUUCCAUAUGACAAUAAAUUAUUUACAAAUAAAAUGUGCCACAAUGUUUUCAAUUUUUUAAAUAUAUCUGUGCACUUUAAAUGAUUUGUUUCGAUAUGAAAUAAUACAUAUAAAAAUAAUAUAAGUUGCUUAUAUAUAUAUAUAUA